AUGCUUCACGAUGUUUUCGGUAACCACGUGCAUAUGGAUGAGUCAGAUCAUGUUGGUGAAUCUUCUUUUGCUUGUGACGAAACAAUUGAUGUGCACCAAUUUGACAACAUUCUACGAGAAGCAGACGGAGAAUUAUAUCCAGGUAGUAGGAAGAAAAAGUUGGAUUUUCUGGUGAAAUUAUAUCAGUCAAAAUUGUUAUAUGGAAUGAGUGAUGCUGCAUUUGGUUCAGUGCUGGCAAUAAUAAGAAAGCAUUUUCCUAUGUGCGAGACUCUUCCUCCAAAUUUGUACUAUACAAAGAAGAUUAUCCGGGCUUUGGGUUUGGAUUACCAGAACAUAGAUGCGUGUCGAAAUAAUUGCAUGCUAUUCUGGAAAGAGCAUGUAAAUGACAUCGUUUGUGCAAAGUGUGGCGCUAGUAGAUAUAAGCAAAGGAAGGCAAAUUCAGGAACGAUCGAAUGUACUAAGCAUUCAGAGAUUAGAACUGACGAUGGUGUUUUGAGGCACCCUGCUGAUUCUUUGGCUUGGAAGCAUUUGGAUAAUACAUAUCCGGAUUUUGCAAGGGAGUGUCGCAAUGUCCGUCUUGGGCUUGCAAGCGACGGAUUCAAUCCGUUUGGAAUGCAUGGCAAACCCCACAGCACAUGGCCUGUUUUAGUUGUAGUUUAUAAUCUUCCACCUUGGAUGUGCAUGAAACAACCUUAUAUCAUGAUGUCUCUUCUAAUUCCAGGGAAAAAAAGUCCCGGUGAUGCAAUUGAUGUUUUCCUGCAGCCGUUCAUUGAUGACUUGCGGCAUUUGUGGACGACAGGUUUGCAAACAUAUGAUACUCACCGUCAAGAAACCUUCAUCAUACGUGCUGCCUUGUUGUGGACUAUCAAUGACUUUCCUGCUUAUGCCAUGCUCUCAGGGUGGAGCACUAGUGGUGAGAAAGUUUGUCCGACUUGCGGUGAUGACACUAAUUCUUUACGGCUUAAGCAUGGGAAAAAGUUUGCAUUCAUGGGACAUAGACGAUGGCUCCCGAUGUCACACAGGUACCGAAGACAUAAAAAAACUUUUAAUGGAUCUCAAGAAUUUCGAAACCCCCCUAAACCAAGAACUGCCAUAGAUUGUUUAUUGGAAGUGACGGGAUUGACCUUUAGAUUUGGCAAGGGUGCAAAGGCAAGUGGUCGUAAGCGGGGGUGGAAUGAUGAUGGACACGUUGUCGGUCAGUGGACAAAAAAGACUAUAUUCUUUGAUUUGCCUUACUGGAAGGAUCUUCUACUGCGGCAUAACUUGGAUGUCAUGCAUAUAGAGAGAAAUGUAGCUGAAAAUGUUAUUGGCACUCUUUUGGAAAUUGAAGGGAAGAAUAAAGAUGGUAUUAGGGUAAGGGUUGAUCUCGUAGAGUUGGGCAUUAGGCAUGAUCUCCAUCCACGGGCAGAUGGUGGCCGUACAAAGCUGCCCGCGACAGAAUACAAUAUGAAACCUGAGGAGAAAAGAAUGUUGUGCCAGGUUUUGGAAUCAAUUAGGGUACCAGACAACUACUCUUCUAAUAUUAGCAACUAUGUUAAUAUUCAAGAAAAGAAGUUUAUUGGCUUGAAAAGCCACGAUUAUCAUAUGCUCCUGCAGGUAUUCCUCUCUAUUGCAAUACGAAAAAUGUUACCGAAAUCGGUUGUUAUAGUGUUGUUAGAGUUGAGCAGAUUUUUUCGCCACCUUUGUUCAAAAACUGGAACUGAAGAAUUAUUCAAUGGCUUGUCAAAAAGCAUUGCCUUAACUCUAUGCCAUCUGGAGAAGUUAUUUCCGCCAUCAUUCUUUACCGUUAUGGUACACUUGAUAAUUCACCUUGCGGAUGAAGCUACUGUUGCUGGUCCAGUCCCAUACCGAUGGAUGUACCCCAUUGAAAGGUAUCUACAUCUUCUAAAAUCGUAUGUGCGCAACAAGAGUCAGCCAGAAGGAUGUAUUGCAGUGGCUGAUGGACGUAACUAUGAUGUUCAGCAAUGUGAUACACGACAAGGACUUCCUCUAUUUAGUAGCCAAGGCAAACCAGCAAGCGCUAUUGACACUGUUCUGCUAGAACGUCCGAGGUUUGAAAUGGCUCAUCGGAGACAUAUGUCACAUGUAAUUUCUACUCGUGGCAGAAGAACUACUAUAUAUGAUGCAGAAAGAAAGGCUUUAGAUAGUUUCCCUCAAUGGUGUCGGGAUAAUGUACAUAUCAUAGGGGCAAAUGAUGAGGGAGUUAUUAAAGACGAUAUAUGUGCAUUGGCUGUUGGACCGAUGCAGUGGGUAAACCGUUAUACCGCAUACAUCAUGAAUGGAAAUCGAUUUAAGGUUGCUUCUGCUGAUCGACAUGCACAAACCCAAAACAGUGGUGUUUUUUUAGCAUCUGAAGUUAGUAGUUUUGCUACUACGGUCGAUAGGAAUCCAAGGUAUGGAGAUGUGGAUUAUUAUGGUGUUGUGACAGAUAUCAUUGGGUUAGAUUAUCACAAUGGUUGGAAGGUUAUACUGUUUGAUUGUGAUUGGUUUGAGGUCAAGAGCAAAAGGUUUCGUACUAAGAAGGAUGAGUUUGGGUUCACUUUGGUUAAUUGUGAACAUCAUUUACCAUCGGAUGACUCAUUCAUACUGGGGUCACAAGCAACGCAAGUGUUUUAUGUUCAAGAUCCUAUUGACACUGAGUGGUUUGUUGCUACAAAGACAAAGCCACGAGACGUUUACAACAUGCUCGAUACAGAUGUAGAAGACCCCAACACAGCUCAAGAUAUAGAAAAUACAUUAGGGGAUGAUGAUAUAGUGCAAACAAGGCUAGAUGUUGCAGAAAUUGUUAUUGCAGAACGAUUAUCAGACUUGUAA